AUGCGACAGCAGCAGCGUUCAAUCAUGGCGGUGAUGGAUCCGUACAAUCCCCCGGCAGCCAAAAAGCGCGGAGAUGGAGGCCGCCUCAGCUUGCGAGACUGGAAAUCAUGGCUUUCUGCGUUCUCCGCUGCGGUCCCGCUCUUCUUGCUGAGCUAUUCUUCCUGUGUGUCGUAUGCUCAUCUGAUUGUUUCUGGUGCAUACGGCUACCCGAUCCGCGCUGUGGUGGUUACCUCGAUGCAUCUAUUCAGCAGCGGCCUCACGGGCAUACUCUUGCCAAUGCAGAGCAAAUGCCCAUUGAUCAUCCCAUCAGCAGAUAUUUCCGUGACAAUGUUCUACCAGAUGAUUGUCAUGGAUAUUGUGAAUGCGGCCUCUGAAGACGGCACCCUUUCGCCCGAGGCAGUGGCAGCCACGGCUUUGCUGGCGUUGCCUGUGAAUACCAUCCUAAUGAGCUUGGUUUUCUUCGUGGUCGGAGAGAAGAAAAUCACAGUGGUCGUUUCUUAUCUGCCCUACCCCGUGGUCGCGGGCUUCUUGGGUUCCAUAGGCCUGGCUAUCUUUGUCGGCGCUUUCGCUGUGCUCGAGGACGCUUCAAGUACACUAUGCAGCACAACUAAGAAGCCAACUUGCCAUAACUUGCUCAUGUGGAGCUAG